AUGUAUCCUCUCACCACUUUCACCUCUGUGCUUGCCAUCGUUGGCGCUGUCACCGCUACACUUGAUCCUGCUCAGAGCAACACCAAGGGCAAAUAUCCUAAGAGCCCUUCAUGCUCUCCUUCAAAGACCUCCAAGGCCAUCCAGGCUGCUGAGUGUGCCUACAACACCCGUGUAUCCGGCAAGCAGACCUUUGCCAUCUUCAAGGUCGACCACCAGUACGACAAGAACAACGGUGCGCCUUACGGUACUUGUGAGGCCUACGAGUGUGCUCCUCCCGCGUCUGGUAAGUUGACUGCCAAUGCGGAUUACUGGACAUUCUUCUGGAGCAACAACGGCGAGUCUUCUGGUGUUGGCACUACUUGCAUCAAGGACCCUAACGACGGUACUUGCGGUUGCGAGAAUUCUGAUGGUACUUUUGUUCAUGGAGGAACCAACUGCAAAUAG